UUGUGCGCAAUCGUGGCGUGUGAGUAUAGAACAAUAGCUAUACCCCAACGCUCAUGGACGGCUAGAUAAUUAGUGAUGCAUCUUUUCCGCGAAGCGAGCCGUGAAUUGAAAGAAAUUAGCUUUUUGACUUUAUGUAUCAAGCAGGUGACGGGGUAUUUUUUCUUUGUAAACCAAGGAUGGUAGUGGGGUUCAAUGACCUCCAAAUCUGCGUGACGCACGCUUGCAUAAUUAGACCAAUUAUAGAAUGAUAGUCAGGAUUUUUUCCCCACGCGUUCAUAAAGUAUAAAUUCAGACGAAGUUUUACUUUAAACACUACUGCUCAGCACUGCAAAGCAUCUACACGUCCACCUAACUAGCUACACAACCAGCUACCCUGCUACGGACCGAGCUCACUCCAACUUAGACAUUCACAUCAUCCAGCACUAAGGUAAGCCAACCCAAUUACUGAACAAGGCAUUGAGCUAGCCACCCAGCCGACCCAAACACAUCCAGCUGCCCAGUCACAUACAACUAACCUGCUACGGACCGAUCUCACACCUAGUUAGACAUUAAAAGCAGACCCAUCCAGCCGACCCAACCACAUCCAGCUACCCAGCUAUGGCCCGAUACACAUGUGACAUAUGUGAACGUACAUUCAGCCGUAAAAAAAAUUUGACACAACAUUGCAAGACUGUACACGGCCGAGAAAGGCAUCGAUGUAUAGAAUGCUGGCAAGAAUUUACAAGAAAAUUUAAUUUAACGAGACACUAUAGGAUAGUGCACACCAACCUACUUACACCAACCGAUGCCCCAUCAGCAUCCGACAGACAAACCGAACAACCGACAUUAACAUCUGACAGACUAACUGAACAACCUACAUUAGCAAACGACAGACAAACAGACAACCUACCUAUACAAUUAAAGAGACAAAGGACCUAUGACGACACAACAAACAAACGCCUAAAGACAUCUCACAACGACAGUAACGUUAAUUUAAACACCGACGCUAUACUUGUAGAUGACCUAAGGGGAGAUGUGGUAGACCUACAUUUAGAGGACGUGAACGACUUAGACUUACCGUUAGACGAAAUUGACACCCUUUAUAACCUAAACAGCGAAUUACAAAACAUAUACAUUGACAAUUGGCACUCCAUACAGACACAUACAACUACAGGCAAACAUUUAUCCAGAUUCAAUUUUUUUCACAACCCACUACACACUACUCCAAUAGAUUGGGAUACAAAACUUGUAGAUACCAUAUUUAACACACAAACUAAGCGGUUCAAAAUAAAUUAUAGUCACCAUACCAUUUUAAAACAUAAAGAAACAGGAGAAUAUAGGUUUUUUCACUCAAGUAACAACAAUGCAUGCGUCUUAGAGCUUCCUAAAUUAAUUAACAAUAGAGUAGAUUUUAAAGAUUUUUUAGAACACUUAAACACAUCAGACAUUCUAAAUUACGCACAACACAAUAGACCGAAUACAAAAUACGCUGUUGAGAUCAUUCCAGCCACCACAUUCUAUCUCUAUCACCUCAAUGAAUUUCCCAUAGGAUGACCUCUCACAAACAUCCCGAUUUUAUUAAUCCUUAAACCACAACACACUAGACAAAUAGGCAUUUAUACUAGUCCUCACGAUAAAGGAACCGGGUGAUGUAACAAAUACAGGUUUCAGGGCAUUCAACACAGGGAUUUAUACAUACACGCAAUACAGAAACGCACUUUCUUACAUUUAUAUUAAAAGACAAGUACAGUCAGACAAUGUGACAACAUCUCCCCUAAACAUAUAAUGCUUUGACAUUUAUAAAUUUAACCAUGACUUUAACGACACCUUAUACUAAUGUAGAUAUAUAAAUAACACAUUUUUAUGACUGUAUG